GGGCCCAAAGAAAAAAAAUCGGAUCUCGACGCUCGCGAGAGACACCUUGUAUACCGGCCCGAAUUAGGAAUUGAAAUAUAUUCGUAUCGCCGAAGUGCAUUUAGGUGCGUUCGAUAACGAUUUCCAUUCGGGAAUUUAUUUAAAUACGACCGUGUUAAAGGGGAGCACACUGAGAACCGAAUGGCAUACUGUGGUGAUUAUUCGUUUUUCGAGGAUGAUCGGUCUGGUGAAAUGGAUCUGGGUCGCGCUUUUAUCGGGAUUGUGUUCGGGAAGCAGUAACUUCCUGGUUUCGUCGAAGGGUAACCUUAAGGUGUACUGGAACAUACCCACCUUCCAAUGCCGGACUUACGGCAUGAACUUCUCGGAAAUCGCCGACAAGUACGGCAUCGUCCAGAACCCGAACGACGAUUUCAGGGGCGCCAACAUAACGAUCCUCUAUGAUCCCGGGUACUUCCCCGCCAUCCUGAACGAGAGCGGUAAGAUCAUAGACAGGAACGGGGGAAUCCCGCAGGACGGUAACAUACAGACGCACCUGAAGCUCUUCCAGGACUCCGUGAACGAGCAGAUCCCCCAAGAAAAUUUCACAGGUUUGGCCAUAAUAGACUUCGAGAGCUGGAGGCCGAUCUUCAGGCAGAACUUCGGAAGUCUGCAAGCCUACAAGAACCGGUCUGUCCAGCGGGAGGAACGUCUGCAUCCCUUCUGGCCGAGUUAUUUCACUGAGAAAGAGGCCCAGAAAAAGUUCGAGUUCCACGGGAAAAUGUUCAUGGAGGAGACGCUGGCGCUGGGGCAGAAGAUGAGACCUAAGGCGAAGUGGGGGUACUACGCCUACCCUUACUGCUUCAACAAGUCCCCGAGUAACAAGGCCAAAGAUUGCCCCAAAGAAGUGCAGGGAGAGAACGAUAGGCUCUUCUGGCUCUUCAGCGAGAGUGCUCUUCUUCUGCCUUCCCUUUACCUUCAGAGCAAACUGAACAAAAAGGACAAAAUCGAACUGAUCGAGGGAAGGGUCGCAGAGGCUCAGAGGAUAGCCAAUUAUAUACAGCAGAAGCAGAAGAGGCCAGCUAUUGUUCCAUACUUUUGGUACAAGUAUCAAGAUACCAGGCGUUUCCUGAAAAAAGAGGAUCUGAAGGAUGCCUUUUCGAUGCUGUCAAGCCUCAGGGUGGAUGGUGUCAUAAUUUGGGGGAGUAGCAACGAUGUAAACACCAAAGAAAAAUGUAGAGUUCUUUAUAAUUACCUCAGCGAUAUUUUAGGUCCUAUUUUAAUAAAUACAACUUGAUAA